AUGUUGGACUACAGCGACAAACUGCGCCGACAGCUGGAGAACAAGUGGAAGAGCGUCAUGGAUCGCAUGUGGGGCGAGGUCCCAGGGCCGGGAGGGCGGAAGGUGUCGCGCAACUACGACGAAGCCAUGCAAAAGCUGUGGGGCAUCGCACCACCGGCGGACCCGUGCGAGGAAUGCGAGCUGCGCCCGCAACUGGACGAGGAGCAGGACGGCAUACGGCGCGUGUGGGCCAAGCAAAAGUUGCAAUUCGAAGACGAAGAGACAUGGUAA